AUGUCUCGGAAUUUCUCAAGGUCUGCGGCCGAUAAAGUACUUUCACAAAAAUUCUAUCUCGAAAAGGAAUGGGCCUCGAGACACAGUUCGCUAUCAAAAUUAGGUCUGGGAGGAGACUAUGAAUGGAUUAGCGCUGUUCAGAAGAAGUUCGUUGGCGGUGGUCAUGCUAGUGCCGUUGAUGUUGAUGCUGCCGUUUGUAUUGCUGAGCAAAAGGAUCAAGUUGACGAUGUUCUCGAACUUCUUUAUAAAACCCGACAUAGUCUGAAGGCGUCAGAAGUAGCGGAGUCCAGCGAGUAUGCAAUAAUCAGAUUGCUUCUCAAAUAUAACCCAGAGAAAAUCUUUACAAUAGCCAAUGACGCGAUUAAUUACGGCAUUUUUCUGGAUGAACAUUCCGCUAGUAUUGUUAUUGACCAUUUCAUAAAAGAAAACAAUAUUCAAGGAGCUGCACGAAUUGUGUCUUGGGUGAUGCAGCAGGAAGACUAUGAUAAUGAGCUUCUUAAUGUUUUAUGCUUGUACGUUUGCGCAAAGUGGUGUGAACUUCCCGAAAAUGAGCAGACUAUGCCACUUUUAGAAAGUAUUGAUGAAGAAGUAAAUGAAGAAGAAAUAAGAACAUUUAAGUUUCCAUAUCUCAAAAAUGAAUGCUUUGAUGAGCAUUUUGAUUUAAAUAAUGCUCAUCAUUUAGUUGGUAAAUCACUUUUAUGGAUUUCAAGAGCGUCAAAAUCAAUUAAUGACGAAUUAAAAAACAAUUUGCAACUUCUGGGAGCGGUUUUUUUUGAAAAGUUGGUUACAAACUAUAUGUAUUUGGAAACCUCGUUGAGACUUGCUGCAAUGGUUAUUAAAAAACUGACUCCAAAAGAAGAAGACGCGCAUCUUUCUCAAACUGCUCAGGCUGUUAUUGAUAAAUUAAAGUCCAAUACUGUCGUAGCUAACUCGAACUUGAGCACUAUUAUUCUCGAGCAUCUUGAAAAAAUUCGAGUAUCUGAAGAAGCAUUACUGUGCGAAAAACAGACAAAAAAGUUUGAAUCGUGGAAUUUGCGCAGACACGAAUUGGUUAAAGCGCAAGCUGAAAAAGUAGUUCUAAAGAUGAGAAAAGAUGAAAUUAUUGAAGAAAUAAGAAAACUAAGUCAGAUGGACGAACAAAUUGGUUUUUUCAAGAACCGUUUGAAAUGGGAGAAACGUGCCGCUGAAAAUGAACAAAUUGAAAGAGAAUCCCGACAGCGAAAUUCAACCAUGCUCUCUUCAUAG